GAGUGUGCGGGUGGUUUCGGUUGAGCAUUCUUGGCAGCGUCUCGCUCGGUGAACAGGCAGUCGACCGACGGCUACAGCGACUCUUUCCUAAAUGUCUGGAGAUUAAUGUUAACGGAAUAGGAGCCGAGAGAAAACACCGGAGCAGCAUUAGAUCUGCAUCAGACGGAAAACAGCAGAAGACGACGAGUGUUCCUGACUCAAACUGGUCCUCAAUGGACUAGUGAAGUGAUUCCCACCGUGCCGGUUGAAAGCGAUGUUUUUUUGGAGCUGGAGGCCGUAGCACCAUCAGCCGAGUGUGUGUGGGGCCACCCCUCUCCCUCUUUCCCUGCACACCUCCUACCAUGGGAUGCCAACCCCCUGCAUCUCUGCCCUGAGCUCUCCUGGGGCGCCAUGAACAGCUACAGAGACAGAGGGGUGACCUGCACCUCCUCCGACCUCCUGGAUGGAGGAGGAGGAGGAGGUUUUAUGCAGCACACUCCCUUUCGUCACACCCCCAAUGGCCACCCGGCACUUGGCCCCUGCGACCCGGCCAUGUUACCGCGCAUCUCCGUGCCCAAAAUGGGUGUUCGGGCACGGAUUGCAGAAUGGCCGCCACGCCGCGCACAUUCCAGGGAGUCGCUACUUGAAAACGGGCAAAUUAGCAACCUUCGCUACGGAGACGACUGCUCCACUCUUUACUCUUCAGGUUUGUCAUCUGACAUGGGGCUGGUGCGGGGAGGAGUCGCCAGGCUACCACGGAGACGGUCUAAGGAUGUGGAGUUCAGAGGUGGAGGGUUCAGUGUUGAAAGAAAUCCACAUUAUAGCCUGAGAGUGUUCCCUCCACUGAGACAGCGCUCCAACAGCGAAGUGACGCUGAGCGAACAGGACGAAAAUGAGGUGGAGGUCCGUGGCGGUGGCGGGAUGGGGAGCAUGUUCAGAGAGUACGGCAGCACCUCCUCCAUCGACAUCCAGGGCAUCCCUGAGCAGAGUUUCUUCGACAUGCUGACUCAGUUCCACCAGGAGAGGCCCGACCAGCGCAGCUCUGCACCCGUACGACUCGGAGAGCUGCUGGGAGCUCCAGAGUCGCAACCAAGCGCACCCCUCCCCUCUGCUCCCUCACCUGGUCCCACAGGUGGGGAGGACAGAGGGACAGGAAGGAAGGACGGAGCAGAGAGAGUGAGGAAGAAGAGCGGGGGCACAGAGUCGUCGCUGGGCACCUCCUCUUUGUUCAGGAAACUUCGGAGCUCUAGUCGCGGCGAGCUGGACGGAGGGAAGGGAGAGACUAGUGAGGACGUGGGAGGCCGGGCUGCUUCUGACCCCUCCUACAAACCGUGGGUGUGCCCCAAGACUUUUGUCCACUUUGACGCUCAGAGCAUCCUGUUUGACUUCCACGAGGCGGCGGCUCAGCGGGGGUACGCCGCCCAGAGGAGGAACACCGCCACGGGGGCCUCAGCUGCAUCAGUGUCCCUGUCCGUCUCCAAGUCCUCGGGGCAGAGCGUGAACGAGCCGGUUUACUCCAGCAUAGAGGAUCUGACCCUGAGCCUGGACCCCGGCUCCAUGACCCCCUCCCUGGGCAUGGACCCCCAGGAUGGGCCUCCAGGUGCCCACAGCUCGAGCCACCUGCUCCUUUGCUGCCCCCACUUCCUCAACGAGACCGGGGGCCACGGGGAGCGCAACAUCAGCUUCCUGAGCUCCUCAGCAGAGCGGGACAGAGGAGGAGACGGGGGGAGGGGCUGGCUGAGGAGGAGCAACGCCAGCUUGUCGGUGCUCGAGGUGCCUAUUGAACAGCAGGUGACCAGGCUGGACAGACUGAAACUGUACGGCAUCGAGCAUGUAGACCUGGGGGCCCGGUACUACAGAGACUACUUCCAUGGGAAAGAGCAUUCAAACUACUUUGGGGCAGACGAUAAGAUGGGCGCCGUGGCUGUGAGCAUCCGCAGGGAGAAAUUGGAUGACACCAAAGACCUGAAAGACCAGUACCAGUACCGCAUCAUCGUCAGAACCAGCGAGCUUGUGACCCUGCGAGGCUCCAUUUUAGAGGAUUCGGUGGCGACAACGGGGAAGCACGGCACAGUGCGGGGUCUGUCGCUCAAGGACGUCCUGGAGCAGGUGGUCCCGGAGCUCAACAUCUCCUGUCUGAGGCUGGCGCUCAGCACACCCAAAGUCACCGAGCAGCUCCUUAAACUGGACGAACAGGGGUUGAGUCAGAAGCACAAGGUGGGUGUUCUGCUGUGCCGAGCGGGCCAGAGCACAGAGGAGGAGAUGUACAACAACGAGGAGGCGUCGCCCGCCUUCUCUGCCUUCCUGGAGCUGCUGGGGGAGCAGGUGCUCCUCAAAGACUUCAGCAAAUACGCAGCACAGCUCGACACAAAGACGGACUCUACGGGCACCCACUCGCUGUACACCACCUACCAAGGCUACGAGGUCAUGUUCCACGUGUCCACCAUGCUGCCCUACAUGCCCAACAACCCACAGCAGCUCCUGAGGAAGAGGCACAUAGGAAACGACAUUGUCACCAUAAUCUUCCAGGAGCCAGGAGCGUUGCCUUUCACCCCGCAGAACAUCCGCUCCCACUUCCAGCACGUCUUUGUGAUUGUCCGUGUGCACAACCCCUGCUCUGAAAGCACCUGUUACAGUGCUGCUGUGACGAGAAUGAAAGACGUGCCUCCCUUCGGCCCCCCCAUCCCCAGCGGCGUCACCUUCCGCGAUCCAGAAACCUUUCGUAACUUCCUUCUAGCCAAAGUUAUCAAUGCAGAAACCGCAGCGCACAAGUCGGACAAGUUCCACACCAUGGCGACCCGAACGCGGCAGGAGUACCUGAGAGACCUGGCGGAGAACUACGUCAGCAGCACGCCGCUCGACACCGCCGGCAAGCUCAACAACCUCAUCUCCCUCGCAUCUAAGAAACGUGAGCGCUCCAAGGCGAGAGAGGGGGCGGAGCUAGGGGCCGCAGGGGCCAUCGCCUGGAGGGUCCACGCUCAGGACUUCAGCGGGGGGGGGACGGAGCUGCCCUGUGCCCUGGGUCUGUCGGCUGAAUACGUCCUCCUGACAGACUGCUCCACUAAAGAGGUGGUGUUUAACUGUUUCUGUGCGGACGUCAUCGGCUGGAGUCCGGAGCGGCUGACGCUGAAGAUCUUCUACGGGCGAGGAGACCACAUCGCCGUGCGCGUGCCGGAGGGGUUUGCACAGGACAUCCGGGAGGUGGUGCAGAGGUUAAAGUCGUUGACGGUGGGAUGUGAGACGGUGGAUAUGACUCUGAGAAGAAACGGACUGGGACAGCUGGGCUUCCAUGUGCGCCUGGACGGCACUGUGGCUGAGGUGGAGGAGUAUGGCUUUGCGUGGCAGGCGGGGCUGAGGCAGGGCAGCCGCUUGGUGGAGAUCUGCAAGGUGGCCGCGGUGACGCUGACUCACGAGCAGAUGAUCGACCUGCUGAGGACCUCGGUCACGGUCAAAGUCGUCAUCAUUCCUCCGUACGAAGAGGGGGGGCCUCGCAGGGGCUGCACAGAGGAGUAUGAGAUGAAGACCAUGGAGCAGAAGCCAGAACCUGAGCCUCUGGCAGCCGGCUACAGACCCUCCCCUCGCCCCACGUGGCGAUGGGACAGCCCCCCCAUUCCUCCAGGGCUCCACAGUGCCCCCAACCAGCAGCGCUGGGCCCCCAUGGGCCCCCCACCUCCUCCACUGCCCCGCUCACACAAGACCCUGAUGCCUGUUCCCUACAGGGAGCCCCAGCACCUAAACUCUAAGAGGCCAGUGAGCUACCCAGAGAACCACUACAGCCUGUCUCCUGCAGGGAUGCUGCCCUACAGGAACCCCUCAGCCAGCUUCUCCUCGCCCUCCUCCGGCCUGGUCGGCCUCUCCUCGAUGGGGCCGCCUGGAAUCACACCGGGCCCCUUCGUACGCUACAAACCCUCCCCCGACAGAUAUGGACCAGGACAACGCCCCCUGCUGCCGUAUGAGCCUCACCUCAGUGUGGACGUCACCUCCAGCGGAGAGUCUUCCUCAGGCUUUACCAGUCAGGAGAGCACUAUGGAGCGCUGCAAAACAGAGCCCCUCUGGCACAUCCCAGCGUCGUCGUCUCGGGGGCCGGGUGGUGGAGGGGGGCAGAGGAGACCAACCAGACAGGAUGUCCCGGGGAAGGACUCUCCAAACAGAAACUCCAAGGGCGAGACUCAGUACUCGAGCCACUCCAGCAGCAACACUCUGUCCAGCAACGCCUCCAGCGGACACAGCGACGAGCGCUGGUUCGACGGGGGACCUGCAGGUGAACGGGGUCCUGGGGGUUGCCUUGGCGACCCAACAGAACCUGACCCAGACCAUCUCAACAAGGGGGGGUCCAACGACAGCGGCAUCGACGCCUCGACCCAUUACAACAACACUCGCCUCGUGAACAUGCCCAACAGCCACAAGCCCCUGCAGUGCUUCGGGACGUACGGGGGGGGGCAGGAGCUGUCGGUGGGGAGGAGCAGCGGCAGCAGCGGGGAGGGGAGGAGGCGGGAGUCGUCUCCCAUCAUACCAGCUGCAGCCAAUCAGAACAAAGGGUACCGGACCAGGACGUUCCCGCCUCCUGGAUCCAGCGCUGAAAAAAUGGAUGCUUUCAAACCCAGGGCCUACACACCGCAGGGUUACAAGACUCCGACAGCUGAGAAAGUCCGGCCCGUCCGCGCUGCUACGACGACACCAACUUCAUCUCAUCUAAGCUCCAUCCCUCUGUCCAGCUCCGCUCCAAAGGCUUUUUAUGGAAAGAGCAGACAAAGCGCCUGGCAGAACGACGACAACGGCUCCUCGCCUUCAAACAUCACCACGACGACCAGCUCUGACAGCAGCAAGAAGCAGGUGGACACCAACUCAAAGAACGUGUUUGGACAGCCUCGGCUCCGAGCCUCGCUGAGGGACCUGCGUUCUCCACGACGGACGUACAAAAGCACCAUCGAAGACGACCUGAAGAAACUGAUCAUCAUGGACAACGUGGGGGAGACGCCCCAAAGAGACCCAUCUCCCAGACGAACUCUGCAGCGCACCUUUUCAGACGAGUCUCUGUGCAGCGGGCGCAGAGAGGCGAGCUUCGCUAACUCGGAGAGCCCGACGACGCCUAACGACGUCCUGUUCACGUGCACACUGCCCACACGCAAACACGCCGUCUCUAACGACCACGUGCAGAGCAAGAAGGCUGUUCUCCCCUCAGUGCCUCUGUCUGCCUCGGAGCUGUCUCUCACUGAAGUCAGAGACAAAGUGCCCCCCCUGAGGAGGCUGGACCCCGGGCUGAUGCCUCUCCCUGACACAGCCUGCGGCCUCGAGUGGUCCAGCCUGGUUAACGCUGCUAAGGUGUACGAAGGUGAGGCAGCAGACACCUCAAGACUAGCACAAAGAGCAGUUUCCCUCUUCUCACUGACGGAGCCGCAGGGUGGGGGUCCGGACAUGAGACCCGUCGUCAGUCCAGUCCAGUUUCAGACUCCUCAGACUCCACGGACCACGCCGACCUUCAGCGGUGACGAGGUGCCCAACGAUCUGUCCGGGCGGCUCUACAGCCUGGAAGUGAUGUUAAAGCAGCUGAACAAUGAUCUGGAAAGAGAGAAGCAUGAUAAAGUGGUUCUGCUGGCAGAGAUGGCCAACCUGCGGGAGAACAACCAGCGGCUGCAGGUGGAGAGCCUGUCGGCCAGCGAGCAGCUGCGCAAGUUCAGCAGACUUUAUAAUAACAACGACACGACCGAGAGCGACAACGAGGCUAACUCCUUAACGUACGAGGCUGACUCUAAGAGGGAGUGACUCCUGCAGGAGGGGGAAUGGAGCACCCGGCCACAGAGGGGAGGGGGGGGUGCUGACCCCUGACCCCCCCCACUCAGCUUCCACUGGACUGCCUUAAACCGUAAAGAGAGCAAGGAAACAGAAAAACUGGAUUUUUAAAAUGCAGAAACACUCCCAGAGAGCCUCCCUCUCUUUUCUCUGAGCCUGUUUAUUUUUAUAAACUCAAGUCAAAAAGUCUUAUAUACUUUUCAUAUAUAUAAAUAUGCUACUAUGCCAGAGGAGCGAGAAGGAGAGGAAACUGUUUUAGAGAAUCAUCACCUGGAGAGGCCUAAUACUGUUCCUGCAGCGAAUCAGCCAAAAAAACAACAAGACUCAUUACAGACUGCAUCUCCCAGAAUGCACUAGAAGUAAUGGAAGCUCUACAGACAUUGUACUGUAGAUACAUGCCUGUUCUCAUGUAUCAAUAUUACCCAUACUGUAUUGAUAUUGAUGUACUAAAGAGGGGUGUGUGUGUGUGUGUGUGUGUGUGAGAGUAACUGAUGGUACAGCAAAUUCUCAGAAACGUAAUGGCACAACAGUAACAGCAUUUUGUGUGUGUGUGUGUGUGUGUGUGUGUGUGUGUGUGUGUGUGUGUGUUGUGUGGUGUGUGUGU